CGCAAAUAGUUAUUUAAGUUAUAGAACAAAAAAUGGUACGGUCGUAUUUCCUAACCGAGUCCGGAAGGCGUUUGGUUUUCUACGGUUCUACUACUAUAGUAAUAGGCCUUUUCGCUGGCCACUAUGUUCCGCAUACUAUUGCCGUUAGUUACAUAAAGGACUUGUUUCAAGCAUACAAAAAUGGAGAAAAACAAUUACCCUCAGACAAAAUCCAAGAGCGAUUUAAUCGUGCUGUCGCAUUGUUAAAACUAUCAGAUUUUGAGCAAAAAUAUGUUAGUUCAUUCAUUGUCCAAGGGUUCGAUGUAUACAAUGCAGGUUCUAUGAAAUCACGAUUUGGUGGCGUUGUAGGUAUACCGGCCAACUUCGAAUAUACCAGCGCAGCCGAUAUAGAAAAGCAGGACGUAGUUCUGCAAGGGCGAAAAAUCAAUUGGUCCUCCGAGGGCGGCAAACUUCUAGAAGAGUGCUUGGUUCUGAGUGAAGACGAACAGGUGUUUGCAAUCGCUCGUGAAAUGCUGACGCUAAACUCUCAAAAGAGACUUAUUCAGUCGAUCAUACCUGCAACUGUAUGGUAUUUCACGUACAAUUUGGCUUCUUUGGUAAACAGUCGAAAUAACCUAUAUGUUCGUCCUUUUUCGUUGAGGUGCUUACUGUACAUCAUUUGCGGGACGUUUGGUUUUGGUGUGUACUCCUUUGCAACAGACAUUACAGAAGUGCAUUACGAGACAAGUGCAGAUAGAAAACUAGCCGCAUUAGGUCCGGACAUGGUGAAUGCCGGUGCUGGGUUCUACGAUAAAGUACUGAAGAAAAACAUAGCAAUGCGAAAGCUAACAGGAGACGAUUAUUACACCGCAGGCGGCAAUGUCAACUAUAUGCUUCGGCAGAAAGCAGUGCCAUUAACUAGUCGAAAGGACUUUUUUAUAACCGGUUACAAAGAGUUUACUAAUAACGAAAAAGCUACGUAAUUUGCAUUUCAUUAGCGAUAAUAAAACUAGUUUUGGUUUACGUUUUCCUUUAGUAAGCAUUUCAGUAGCAAAGUUCUAGAAAAAAAACAUGAUCUAGUCUCAAUAUAGUAAAAAAUCACAAGUUGUUUUUAUUUUUCAAAUCGCAUUAACCUUUAUGAAUAGUUUGAGGAAUCCCACAAACAUCAUUUGAACAUUACCAAGA